AUGAACAACAGAGAGAAUUUCAACGAAGAAAGGGAGCUCAUUGAAGCUCAAGCGGCUGCUGAUGCAGCCAUUCAAACAUACAACAGGUUGGCCCGUGGACGUGCCCAAUAUUAUUAUCAGCCACCUUUUCCACAGGCCAACCCAAAUUACUGGCAGCUACCGCCACCACCACCACCAUCACCACCACCGUGCCUGCCAGCUGGAAAUAGAGGAGGGGUGUCGGGUGCAGCUAACAUAAUUGUAGCCGACAUACCUCUUCCAGUAGCAGAAGCAGGAGCACAAGUGGCAGCGGUAGUCCCACCAGUAGCUCCAGCACCAGUACCACCUCCAGUACCAGCACCAGCUCCGGCAGUAGCUCUAGCACCAGCUCCAGCUCCAGCACCAGCUCCGGCAGUAGCUCCAUCAGCAGUUGAUACGUUUGAUCCAUGA